GCAAACACAGGUUGAUGUUUCAUAAGAACCUUCAACGUUCAGAGCUGUUUAAAGUCAUGGACACAAUUAUGGAAAAAUGUGAUAGAGAUCAUGUGACCGGCGAGAUAUUUGUAGAUGCAAAGUCUGAGAUGCCCAGCUCCUCUGAAAACCUGAAAGAAGACAAGGGAGUCGGGAACAACUGGGAUGCUGCUCGAGAAGCUGGGCGGGCACAGCUGACUCUGUGGGCGGGCACGGCCCCCCAAUGCCCGCCCAUGCCGCCGGGCCUGGGUGGUGAUGGUGACGAUACCAGUCCUGCUGUUGCUGCAGGAGAAGGUGGUGAUGGUGACGACACAAGUCCUGCUGCCGCUUCAGGAGAAGGUGGUGAUGGUGACGAUACCAGUCCUGCUGUUGCUGCAGGAGAAGGUGGGGAUGGUGACGAGACCAGUCCUGCUGCUGGUGAUGGUGAUGACACCAGUCCUGCUGCCAUUUCAGGAGAAGGUGGUGAUGGUGAUGACACCAGUCCUGCUGCCGCUUCAGGAGAAGGUGGUGAUGUCCUGCUGCCGCUUCAGGAGAAGGUGGUGAUGGUAACGACACCAGUCCUGCUGCCGCUUCAGGAGACGGUGGUGAUGGUGACGAUACCAGUCCUGCUGUUGCUGCAGGAGAAGGUGGGGAUGGUGACGACACCAGUCCUGCUGCCGCUUCAGGAGAAGGUGGUGAUGGUGACGACACCAGUCCUGCUGCCGCUUCAGGAGAAGGUGGUGAUGGUGACGAUACCAGUCCUGCUGCCGCUUCAGGAGAAGGUGGUGAUGGAGAAGGUGGUGAUGGUAACGACACCACUCCUGCUGCCGCUUCAGGAGAAGGUGGUGAUGGUGACGACACCAGUCCUGCUGCCGCUUCAGGAGAAAGUGGUGAUGGUAACGACACCAGUCCUGCUGCCGCUUCAGGAGAAGGUGGUGAUGGUGACGAUACCAGUCCUGCUGUUGCUGCAGGAGAAGGUGGGGAUGGUGACGACACCAGUCCUGCUGCCGCUUCAGGAGAAAGUGGUGAUGGUAACGACACCAGUCCUGCUGCCGCUUCAGGAGAAGGUGGUGAUGGUGACGAUACCAGUCCUGCUGUUGCUGCAGGAGAAGGUGGGGAUGGAGAAGGUGGUGAUGGUAACGACACCAGUCCUGCUGCCGCUUCAGGAGAAGGUGGUGAUGGUGACGACACCAGUCCUGCUGCCGCUUCAGGAGAAAGUGGUGAUGGUGACGACACCAGUCCUGCUGCCGCUUCAGGAGAAAGUGGUGAUGGAGAAGGUGGUGAUGGUGACGACACAAGUCCUGCUGCCGCUUCAGGAGAAGGUGGUGAUGGUGACAAUACCAGUCCUGCUGUUGCUGCAGGAGAAGGUGGGGAUGGUGACGAGACCAGUCCUGCUGCUGGUGAUGGUGAUGACACCAGUCCUGCUGCCAUUUCAGGAGAAGGUGGUGAUGGUGAUGACACCAGUCCUGCUGCCGCUUCAGGAGAAGGUGGUGAUGGUGACGACACCAGUCCUGCUGCCGCUUCAGGAGAAGGUGGUGAUGGUGACGACACCAGUCCUGCUGCCGCUUCAGGAGAAGGUGGUGAUGGUGACGACAUCAGUCCUGCUGCCGCUUCAGGAGAAGGUGGUGAUGGUAACGACACCAGUCCUGCUGCCGCUUCAGGAGACGGUGGUGAUGGUGACGAUACCAGUCCUGCUGUUGCUGCAGGAGAAGGAGAAGGUGGUGAUGGUGACGAUACCAGUCCUGCUGCCGCUUCAGGAGAAGGUGGUGAUGGUGACGACACCAGUCCUGCUGCCGUUUCAGGAGAAGGUGGUGAUGGUAACGACACCAGUCCUGCUGCCGCUUCAGGAGAAGGUGGUGAUGGUGACAAUACCAGUCCUGCUGUUGCUGCAGGAGAAGGUGGGGAUGGAGAAGGUGGUGAUGGUAACGACACCAGUCCUGCUGCCGCUUCAGGAGAAGGUGGUGAUGGUGACGACACCAGUCCUGCUGCCGCUUCAGGAGAAAGUGGUGAUGGUGACGACACCAGUCCUGCUGCCGCUUCAGGAGAAAGUGGUGAUGUCUAGGGCCUCUUCACUCAGGAUUGUACUGCUUGGGAAAAUUGACAACAAGAUAACAACAAUUUCUAAGCUCAUUAAAAGGGAACAAGCAACCCAUUUCCUCGAGAUAAGGAAAUUCUGGGAGCGGAGGGAAAGACCAGUAACAGUCGCUAGAGCAUCAAACAUAUUCAAUAUGUCUGAACAGGAUGUCAGAAAAGAGAUGAAAAAAUGUGCAAGUUCGUGCUUCCCUGGACCAAAUGUUCUGCUGCUGCUGCUGAAUCCUUCUGAGUUUACUCAAAAGGACAGACAAAGACUGAACUUCACUCUCAGUUUGUUUGAUCCGGAUGGUUUUAAACGGUUAAUGAUCAUCUUCACACAUGAAGAACAUCAGUCAAGUUCUGAGGUAAAUCAGCUGCUUCACGACUGCAGAGGAAGAAGGUACAACAUGUUUGAAGAGGAUCGUACACAGUUAAUGGAGAAGAUUGAGAACAUUGUUGAGGAAAAUAAAGGAACCUUUCUGACCUUCACCCAACACGUGAGACCCCCUUUAAACCUGGUUCUGUUUGGGAGACAAGGAGCAGAGAAAACCUCGGCAGCCAAGGCCAUUUUAAGUCGGAGAGACCUUCGUUCAGUCUCCCACUCACCAGAGUGUGUCCAGAAUCAAGGAGAGGUGUUUGGACGUCGGGUUUCCCUGGUGGAGCUGCCUGCCUUGGGUGGAAAACCUCCAGAGGAAGUGAUGGAGGAAUCAUUCAAGUGUGUCUCCCUGUGUGAACCUUUGGGCGUCCACGCCUUCGUCCUGGUCCUACCUGUGGGUCCACUCACCGAUGAGGACAAGAGGGAGCUGCAGACCAUCCAGAACACGUUCAGCUCUCGAGUCAAUGCCUUCACCAUGAUUCUGUUCACCGUGGACUCAGAUCCCACCCAUCCAGAUGUGGUUAACUUUGUGGAAAAGAGCAAAGACAUCCAGGAGCUCCGUCAGAGCUGUGGAGGGAGAUCUCUCAUCUUCAACAUUAAGAGUAAUCAGCAGGUCCCAGAGCUGCUGGCUGCUGUUGAAAAGAUGAACCAACUCAAAAACUUCUGCACUUACUCAGCAGACACAUUCAUGAAGGUCCAAAGAGAAAGAGUCGUACAAGAAGAGAGAGACAACACUGCACUGAGAGCUGAAGUAAAGAAGCUGAAAGAAGCACAGAUGUGUGAUGAAGAGCAGCAGAGCUCAGACUCUCUCAGGAUUGCUCUGAUUGGGAAGACCGGCUGUGGAAAAAGCUCCUCAGGAAACACCAUUUUAGGAAGAAAAGCGUUUAAAGCUGAAUUAAACCCAACUUCAGUCACCAAACGCUGUCAGAAAGAAGUUGGUGAAGUGGACGGUCGUGCUGUUGCUGUGGUCGACACUCCCGGUCUGUUUGACUCGACUCUGUCAAAUGACGAGGUCAACGAGGAAAUGGUGAAGUGCAUCAGUCUUCUGUCUCCAGGACCCCACGUCUUCCUGGUGGUGAUGCCGAUCGGCAGAUUCACCCCCGAGGAGAAGGAGACACUCAAACUCAUCAGGGAAGCUUUUGGGAAGAAUUCAGAACAGUUCACCAUCAUCCUUUUUACAAAUGGUGACGCAUUAGAACGUGAAGAAAAAUCCAUUGAAGAUUACAUCAGAAAGGAUGACUCGAUUCAGAAGCUGAUCGAUGACUGUGGAGGAAGGUACCACGUGUUCAAUAACUACGAUAAAAACAAUCGUGAUCAGGUCAGAGAUCUGAUAAGAAAGACCGAUGAAAUGUUAAAGAGAAACAGAGGAAACUGCUACACCAAUGAGAUGCUGAAAGAAGCUGAAGCAGCGAUAAAGAAGGAGAUGGAGAGUAUCCUGCAGGAGAAGGAAGAAGAAAUACAGAGAGAAAAGGAGGAACUCACACAAAAACAUGAAGAAGAAAUGCAAGAAAUAAAAACAAAAAUGGAAGAAGAAAGAGAAAAACUACAACAACAAACUGAGCUGAAACUCAAGGAAAUGAAGAAAAAUAUAAAUAAAGAGCAGGAAGAGAAAAAGAGGGAACAGGAAGAGAGGGAAGAGGAGAGGAGGAAAAGGGAACGUAGUGACGAAGAACAUCGCCAGAGUUUGAACAAACAGCUUGAAAUGUUGGACAAACAAAUUCAGUCAGAAAAAGAAGAAAAGAAAGGUGUUAGCAGAGAGUUGGAACUGACCCGAGAAAAGAGUAGAAAGGAUAAGGAGGAUUUUGAGAAAGAACGUAAAGAAUUGGUGGAAAAACAAAAGAAAGAAGAUGAAGAGAGAAAACAGAAGGAGCAGAAACGACUGGAAGAACUCAAGGAACAAUACAAGAAGGAAAAAGAAAUGAGUGAAAAGAAAAUGGAGGGGGAAAACAUCAGAAGAGAAAAUGAGGAAAAAGAAAAAAAAAAAUUAGAAGAAAAACUAGAAAAUUUACAACAACAAACUGAGCUGAAACUCAAGGAAAUGAAGGAAAAUAUAAAGAAAGAGCAAGAAGAGAAAAAGAGAGAACAGGAAGAGAGGGAAGAGGAGAGGAAGAAAUGGGUGCGUAGUGACGAAGAACAUCGCCAGAGUUUGAACAGACAGCUUGAAAUGUUCGACAAACAAAUUCAGUCAGGAAAAGAGGAAAAGAAAAGCGUUAGCAGAGAGUUGGAACAGACCCGAGAAAAGAGUAGAAAGGAUAAGGAGGAUUUUGAGAAAGAACGUAAAGAAUGGUGGGAAAAACAAAGAAAAGAAGAUGAAGAGAGACAACAGAAGGAGCAGAAACGACUGGAAGAACUCGAGGAACAAUACAAGAAGGAAAAAGAAAUGAGUGAAAAGAAAAUGGAGGAGGAAAACAUCAGAAGAGAAAAUGAGGAAAAAGAAAAAAAACAAUUAGAGGAAAAACUAGAAAAACUACAACAGCAAAAUGAGCUGAAACUCAAGGAAAUGAAGGAAAAUAUAAAGAAAGAGCAAGAAGAGAAAAACAGGGAACAGGAAGAGAGGGAAGAGGAGAGGAGGAAAAGGGAACGUAGUGACGAAGAACAUCGCCAGAGUUUGAACAGAACGCUUGAAACAUUGGACAAACAAAUUCAGUCAGAAAAAGAGGAAAAGAAAACCGUUAACAGAGAGUUGGAACAGACCCGAGAAAAGAGGAGAAAGGAUAAGGAGGAUUUUGAGAAAGAACGUAAAGAAUUGUGGGAAAAACAAAAGAAAGAAGAUGAAGAGAGACAACAGAAGGAGCAGAAACGACUGGAAGAACUCGAGGAACAAUACAAGAAGGAAAAAGAAAUGUAUGAAAAGAAAAUGGAGGAAGAGGAAAACAUCAGAAGAGAAAAUGAGGAAAAAGAAAAAAAGCUAUUAAAAGAAAAACUAGAAGAUCUGCAGAAGAAGACUGAAGAGGAGGUCAGGAGUUUAGCUGAAGAGAAUAAUGAUUUCCAGAAAAAAUAUAAGAAGAACCUGGCAGGUCUGGAGGAAGCACACGAGAGGGAUCUAAGAGAAAUCAGUGAGCUGGCAGAGGCUGUUUCAAAUAACAGCCAAUAUCUGAUCAAAAUCAAAGAUUUACAGACGGAACAUGAGAGCCAAAUGAAAGAAGUAAAGAAUGAGAAGGAAAAAGAGAAGCUGCAGAAAACCCAUGAAAGAAAAAAGAGUAAAAUGAUACAAGAGUUUCUUGAUGAGAUAAAAAAAAUUCAGGAGGAAUCCUGGUGCAGAAUUUCAUGA